UGGGGGCUCGUCCGGGAUUUGCGCGACCACCCAGGGGUCCUAGACCCACUUGGAGGUAAGGAUUUUCAUUCCUCGUUGUUCUGUUGUGAUUCUGUGUUUGUGGAUUGUUCAGAGAUCUGGUGCGAUCGCAGUUCUGGUUUUUGCAAACGCUCUAAUCGAGUCUGCUCCUCCAGAGGGGGGAGCAGAGUGGACGGGGAUAGACGUAUCCGGGUGUCCACCGUUUGUUCGCCCUGGGAGACGUCCCAGGAGGACAGGGGAAGGACCAGGGACGCCUGGUGGACCCCCACGAGGAAAGUCAGGGGAUUAGUUUCCUCCUUGACAAUCUGUAGACCGUCUGACUCUUUUCAGGAUUUCUGGUCGACUCAAGGUCGGCGAUUUUGUCUCUCUGUUUUGUUGUCUUUGUGAUUGUUCUUUUUGUGAAGUGUGAUAGAACCAGGAAUGGGACAGACCGUGACGACCCCGCUAACACUGACCCUGGACCAUUGGACGGACGUUAAGACGAGGGCUCAUAAUCUUUCUGUUGAAGUCAGAAAAGGGCCAUGGCAGACUUUCUGCUCCUCUGAGUGGCCGAGUUUUGGCGUAGGAUGGCCUCCGGAGGGAACUUUUAACCUGUCUCUCAUUUCCGCUGUCAAGCGAAUUAUCUUUCAGGCCUCAGGGGGACACCCUGAUCAGGUUCCAUACAUUAUCGUAUGGGAGGACCUGGUCCAAAAUCCGACACCCUGGGUGAGACCCUGGACGACAGGGGCAGAAACGGUGACGGUGGCCGUGGCCGCCAAACCGAAAGUACCCCCUCCAGAUAAACCGGUACCUGCUCCAUCGGCCCCUACGAAGAUUUAUCCUGAAAUUGAUGAUGGUUCCCUUCUCCUCGACUACCCUCCACCCCCGUAUCCUCAACCAGCUUCCCACGCACGUCCCCCACAGGUGUCGCCCCCCGCCGACUCCCGGACGGCCUCUGAAACAGGACCGGCGGCCGGAACCCGAAGCCGCCGGGGUCGUAGCCCAGGGGGAGAAGGCGCGGGGUUUGACUCUGCUACUGCCCUACCUUUACGAGCUUAUGGACCCGCCCCGGCUCCGGGAGAACUGGUCCCGCUACAGUACUGGCCGUUCUCAUCAGCCGAUAUGUAUAACUGGAAAACUAACCACUCCUCUUUUUCAGAGAAUCCCUCAGGCCUGACGGGACUCCUCGAGUCCCUGAUGUUUUCUCAUCAGCCCACUUGGGACGACUGCCAGCAGCUUUUGCAGGUCCUCUUUACUACGGAAGAGAGGGAGAGAAUCCUCUUAGAAGCUAGAAAAAAUGUUCCGGGACCAGAUGGAACCCCCACCAAUCUCCCUAACCUCAUAUUGGCUAAGGUAAGGGAGGUCCUACAAGGUCCGGUGGAGCCACCCUCUGUCUUUUUAGAGCGCUUAAUGGAGGCUUACAGGAGAUAUACUCCAUUUGAUCCCUCCUCAGAGGGACAGCGGGCGGCUGUAGCUAUGGCUUUUAUAGGACAGUCGGCCCCUGAUAUCAAGAAGAAGUUACAAAGAUUAGAGGGGCUCCAAGAUUAUACUUUACAGGAUUUAGUAAAGAAAGCAGAGAAAAUGUAUCAUAAGAGAGAGACUGAGGAAAAAAAGCAGGAGAGAGAGAAAAGAGAGACAGAAGAGAGGGAGAACUGGUGUGAUUGUCGCCAAGAAAGGAAUCUGACUAGGAUUUUGGUCGCAGUAGUAGGUGAAGAAAGGUUAGAGAAAGGACAGUCAGGGUACCUGGGCAACAAGGCAAGGAAACCCUUGGGCGGACAGAGACCACGACUUGAAAAGGACCAAUGCGCAUACUGUAAGGAAAAAGGACAUUGGGCCAGAGAAUGCCCCCGAAAGAAACAAAAGGGCCCUAAGGUACUGGCCCUUGAAGAAGAUUAGGGGAGUCGGGGCUCGGUCCCCCUCCCCCAGCCCAGGGUAACUCUCUCUGUGGAGGGGAACCCCGUUGAUUUCUUAGUGGAUACUGGGGCUGAACACUCGGUCUUGACUGCAUUAGGACAACUAGGAUCAAAGAGAACACUGGUCAUGGGAGCCACUGGUAGUAAACUUUACCCCUGGACAACAAAAAGAAGUUUAAAAAAAAAAAGCCAAGUGACUCACUCUUUCCUUGUAAUCCCUGAAUGUCCUGCUCCGCUUCUAGGCAGGGACUUGUUGACCAAAAAAGCAGCUGCUACCCCCAUCUCAGUCAGGCAGUACCCCAUGACUCAGGAGGCUAAAGAAGGCAUUCGACCACACAUCCAGAGGCUAUUACAACAAGGUAUACUGAUUCCUUGCCAGUCCCCCUGGAAUACCCCCCUCUUGCUGGUACUCAAGCCUGGAACCAAUGACUACCGACCUGUCCAGGACUUGAGAGAGGUCAACAAGCGGGUACUGGACAUUCACCCAACAGUGCCAAAUCCCUACAAUUUGCUAAGUUCCCUGCCACCGGAGCGGUCUUGGUAUACUGUUCUGGAUUUAAAAGAUGCCUUUUUCUGCCUCAGACUGCAUCCAAGUAGCCAACUCCUGUUUGCCUUCGAAUGGCGGGACCCCGACGGAGGACACACCGGUCAGCUGACCUGGACUAGGCUUCCGAAAGGAUUUAAGAACUCACCAACUCUCUUCGAUGAAGCGCUCCACCGUGACCUUGCGCGCUUUAGGGCACGAAACCCCCAAAUCUCUCUCUUACAGUAUGUAGAUGAUUUGCUUCUUGCAGCCUCCACCUGGGAACUAUGCCUUAAUGGGACCAAAGAGCUUCUAAAAGAAUUGGGUGAGUUGGGAUACCGGGUGUCUGCAAAGAAGGCCCAAUUAUGCCGUCUGGAAGUUACCUACCUGGGAUACACCCUCCGGGAAGGAAAGCAGUGGCUCACUGAAGCCCGAAAGAAAACUGUAAUGCAGAUCCCGACCCCCACCACUCCAUGACAAGUACGUGAGUUUGUGGGAACGGCGGGCUUUUGUAGACUCUGGAUACCGGGAUUUGCCACCUUGGCGGCCCCUUUGUACCCUUUGACUAAAGACAAAGUCCCAUUUACAUGGAAAGAAGAACAUCAGAAAGCCUUUGAUAAAAUAAAGACUGCCCUGCUCACAGCCCCUGCUUUGACUCUGCCAGACUUGACCAAAACUUUCACCUUAUACGUUGAUGAACGGGCUGGAGUAGCUCGGGGAGUCCUGACUCAGGCCCUGGGUCCUUGGAAGCGGCCAGUGGCCUAUUUGUCAAAGAAACUAGACCCCGUAGCCAGCGGUUGGCCCUCUUGUCUGAAAGCCAUUGCCGCAGUAGCCUUGCUUGUCAAAGAUGCUGACAAGCUGACCCUGGACCAACAUGUGACUAUAAUCGCCCCUCAUGCCUUAGAAAGUAUUGUGCGACAGCCCCCCGACCACUGGAUGACAAAUGCUCGAAUGACUCAUUACCAGAGCUUGUUACUAACUGAUCGAAUAACUUUUGCUCCCCCUGCUAUCCUCAACCCUGCCACCCUGCUCCCUGAUGCAGAUGACUCUACUCCUGUGCACCGAUGUGCUGAUAUCCUGGCCGAGGAGACUGGAAUCAGAACGGACCUGACGGAUCAACAUUGGCCAGGUGUGCCUAGCUGGUAUAUGGAUGGCAGCAGCUUCAUGGUGGAAGGGAAAAGAAAAGCAGGAGCGGCGGGGGUGGAUGGGAAGCAGGUGUUAUGGGCCAGCAGUCUCCCAGAGGGGAAAUCCUCAGAAAAAGCUGAACUUUUGGCACUGAUUCAAGCUCUGCGCCUGGCAGAAGGUAAGGCUGUUAACAUCUAUACUGACAGCCGCUAUGCCUUUGCCACCGCCCACAUUCAUGGGGCCAUCUAUAGGCAGAGAGGCCUACUCACACCGGCAGGGAGAGACAUUAAAAACAAAGAGGAAAUCUUGGCUCUUCUAGAAGCCAUACACCUACCCAAGAAAUUGGCCAUUGUCCAUCCUAGGACAUCAAAAGGGGACUGCCUAGGACAUCAAAAGGGGACUGACCCAGUUACAUGGGGAAACCAGAUGGCAGACCUGACAGCCAAGCAUGCCGCCCAUGGAGUUAUGGUGCUAAUAGAAGGAACCAGAGAUCACCCACCAGAGCCCCCGGAGCUGGAGCUCACACACGAAGACUGUGCCUUGACUGAAGAUGGGCAAAUUGUCUUACCCGCUAAAGAGGGGCAGGACUAUGUAAAAAGAUUACAUCAACUAACUCACCUCGGAACUGAAAAACUUAAACAACUACUUAACAGUUCCAAAUACUAUGUUCAAGACCUACACACCAUAACAAAACAGGUAGUAGAAGGAAGUCAAGCCUGUACUAUGACCAAUGCCGCCCGACCGUUCAAGGAGCCUGGAAAAAGAAUAAGGGGAGAUCGACCAGGAGUUUAUUGGGAAAUAGACUUUACUGAAAUUAUGCCAGGAAAAUAUGGUAAUAAAUAUCUUCUAGUUUUUAUAGAUACUUUUUCAGGAUCGGUAGAGGCCUUUCCCACAAAAUCUGAAACUGCUCAGGUGGUGACCAAAAAGAUACUAGAAGAAAUUCUGCCCAGAUUCAGGAUUCCCAAGGUAAUCGGGUCUGAUAACGGCCCAGCCUUCGUUGGCCAGGUAAGUCAGGAAUUGGCCAACCAACUGGGGAUUAAUUGGAAAUUACAUUGUGCUUACAGACCCCAGAGCUCAGGACAGGUAAAAAGGAUGAAUAGGACUCUAAAAGAGACCCUUACUAAAUUAGCUAUUGAGACUGGCGGCAAAGACUGGGUGACCCUCCUCCCCUUUGGACUUCUUAGAGUCCGAAACUCGCCUGGGCGUUUCGGCCUUACCCCUUAUGAAAUCCUACAUGGGGGACCGCCCCCCCCAACGGAGUCGUGCAGGAUAUUGGAUCCUAGCACUUACUCCCCCUCCUCCUCUGCUUUAUUUACUCACUUAAAGGCCUUAGAAGUUAUUAAAACACAGAUCUGGAGUCGAAUUAAAGAAGCCUACGCUCCAGGAACCAUCACGGUGCCCCACGGGUUCCAGGUCGGAGACUCAGUCCUGGUCAGACGACAUCGCGCUGGCACGCUUGAGCCCCGGUGGAAGGGACCCUACCUGGUGCUGUUGACUACCCCCUCGGCAGUCAAGGUCGACGGGAUUGCUGCCUGGGUACAUGCUUCCCAUGUCAAAAAGACACCCAGUCAAGGCAAGGAUAAC